AUGGCGGCCCCGCCCCGCCCCGCCCCACCCUCGCGGCCCGGAAAGGCGGGAAAGGCGGCGCGCAGGCGCACGGGGCUGUGGAGCCAUGGCGCUGUGCGUGUGAGCACACAGGCGUCAAAGCAGGCACAGCUGAUGGAGGUGCUGAAGAAGGAGGUGAGGGCGAUGCUGAUAGCUGCCAAAGCGGGCUUGACKCCAGAGCAGCUGGAGGAGCAGUACAUGGCCAUGGUCUGCAAACCUCUCCCUCUGCACGACCUGGGCUUCCAGUCCACCUUGGAGCUGGUGACAAAAAUGCCYGAAGUUGUCCGAGUCUGUUCUUCUAAGAACGGCACUUUGAUCCUCAGAGCCAUUGCAGAUGACUCCACCAAAGGGAUUGCCAAGCUGGUUGCCAACCAGAAAGUGAAGACACGUACUAAGGCAACAAAGAAAGCUGCUAUGAAGGCAAAUGCURUUUCUUCCACUAAGAACUCUAAGAAUUCACGGAGUUUCCAAACACUGAGUGCCAGGACUCCCAUCCUGCCAGCGACGGUGAAGGCUGAGCUGCAGGACCUGCUGAGUUCCUCACCACUUCUGCUCAUGGACUUGGACAAGGCCUUCCUCAGACGCUUUGGCCGGGCAUUCCAGUACAGGCAGUACGGAUUUUUAUCCAUGUUUGAAGCCCUCAGAAGCAUGUCUGAUUCCAUUGUGGUUGAGCAGACAAAGGCAGGCUCCUUGCUGGUCCUGAGGAAGUACUGGGCAAGCAGGGUAGAACAGGAAGAGCUGCCCCAGCGUGAGGCUCUGGAGGAAGAGGUGCCUCACGGAGAGGCUCAAGARGAAGAGAUGCCUCAGGGUGAGGAAUGGGAAGAAGAGAUGCCCCAUGGUGAGGGACAGGAAGAAGAGAUGCCUCAGGGUGAGGGACAUGAAGAAGAGAUGCCCCAUGGUGAGGAACAGGAAGAAGAGAUGCCCCAUGGUGAGGAACAGGAAGAAGAGAUGCCUCAGGAUGAGGAACAGGAAGAGGAGAUGCUGCAAGAAGCAUCUGCAGCUGAGAUGCCUCCUUUGGAACCCAUUUGUGAGACAGAGAGUUUCUACCAGACAGUGUUUCUGAAGGAUUUGGAGCCAGUGCAAACACAAGCAGGUGAUCAUCUCAAGCGACAUCAAGGUUUUGAGCAGUUUCCACCGACUCCAGAAAUCCCUCCAGAUGCUGUUCAGGACAGAAGCCUUUGCAGUUUGCCACCUCUGAAGAAAGGGUGCAUGGUGGGAGUCAUUGUGGAAUUCAUCGUCUCUCCUAGCCAGUUCUACAUCCACAUCUGCUGCAAGGAAGCAUCCUAUAAACUGCAGGAUCUGAUGUUUGAGAUGAGACACGUUUACUCACAUAAAGUUGCUUCUGAUAAAUACAUCAUGCCUGAGUCUGCAGUGCAGCCUGGGCAGCUCUGCUGUGUCAUGGUCUCCAAGUGGUGGUACCGAGUGAUCAUCCACCGUGUGAUCAAUGAGCAGGAAGUGGARGUGUUCUGCGCAGACUACGGACACCUCCAAAUUGUCCAGAAGUCUUGGCUGAGAUUCCUCAAGUGGCGCUACUUGAAGCUCCCAGCUCAGGCCAUCCCGUGUUCUUUGGCAUGGGUAAAACCUGUGGAGGGUACGUGGUCCACUGCAGCAAUUCUCCUGUUCAAGCAUCUCUGUCGCUUCAAGGAACUUGUGGGCAUUGUGCAUAAAUAUGUGAAUGGUGUUCUGUACCUCUUCCUGUGUGACACAUCCACCAAGGAGGAUAUCUACUUCCACUCUGUCUUGAGGGAUAUGGGAUAUGCUGACUUGUGCGAAGAGAACAUUCCUUCCCRGGAAUUUGAAGAACUGAAUCCUUCGGCCUUGUAUAUUCAGCCUAGUGGGAAGCAGGAGAAUGCUGAAGGGGUAGAGCCAGACCUUCGCCUGCAGCAGGAAUCUUCCUCAGGCAGGGAAACAGCAGCCUCAAAGCUGAAUGGRGCUGAGCUGUGUGACCAGAUGAAGAAAACAUGAAGACCAAGACCUUCCCGGGAGUCUCGUGGUCGACCUCUGUGGUGCUCUGGGCUGUGUGACCAAGAGCCACCUCAGGAACUGUGUCCUUCCUGCCCUGCUCUCUGCAGUGCUGGCAGCUUCAUGAUCGGCCACUUCUCGUGCCUAMUUCCAGUGGCUCCCCAGCCUGAGAAGGAAGGUGUGAUAAGAGGGGAGAYGCUGGAGCUGCUGCCAAGGAGGGCUGUCUGGGGCAGCACAGGCUCUCUGUAUGACUGUGCUGUCAGGGUUUUUUUGUUCAGAAAUGUUUAAUCCCUUGAAAAAAACUGGAGUGUGAUGCCUCGGGUGUGCCCAGCAUGUGUGAUAAAUGUUAGUUUURCUUUCAGAAAAAUGGUUUGGUUUUGUUGUACCGGUGGUGUACUGAG